UUUAUAUAUUUGUAUAUAUAUAUAUUUUUUUUAAGAUGCAAAAUGGAUAUAAAGUAUUGGAUUGUUUGAGAAAAGGUAUCAGAAUAGCAAGUCAAUGUAUGGAUACUUCAGUUCAAGUACAACUUUAUGUGGAAUUAUUAAAUCAUUACAUUUAUUUCUAUGAAAAAGGCAAUACUAUGUUUACUGUCGAUAUUAUAAAUCAAGUAAUAGCAAAAAUUAAAGAAGAACUUCCCAAUUUAGAAGUUAGUGAAGAAACAGAACAAAUUCAAAAACAUUUAGCUAAUACAUUAGAACAUUUAAGGAAUAGAAUGGAAUCUCCAGAAGCUGAUGGUGUAUCGUAUCAGGGACUUGUUCUCUAAUGUAAUUAUUGUAAGAAACAAUUUUGUACAUAAAACAGUCGCCAAUUAUUUUAUGAAAUGAGUAUAAAUUUUAAAAAAACGCUUAUUAGAUAUAAAUUAUCAUAAUUUAAAAAUCACAUCAAUUUAUAUGCAAAAUUAAAUUGUUAAUAAUGAUGUAUUAUAUAUUAUUUGUUGAUUCGUAAAAUAUAAUUUUUAUAUUUGUUUUGACGGAAAUUGUAUUAAUAUUGUUUAUUUUUUAAUUCAAACGUUAAAAAAAUAUAAAAAUA